AUGUUGGGGUUACUACUAGGCCUUAUAGGGUGGGUAAUCUCGGUAGGCUUCCCCUUAGUCAAGUCGUAUCAAUCCAUUGUGACCAGCAGCAAGGAGAGCACAGUGAAUUGGCUUAUUUAUUGGAUUAUCUACUCAAUCAAUCUAUACAUCACUUCAUGUGGACCGUUCCAACUUAUUUUUGGAUACGUUCCUUUUUUCUCCGUGGUCAACCUCUACUUCCACUGCUGGUUGGUCCUGCCACUAAUUGAUGUUUCCAAAUACAACACUCUCAAAGAGAAUGAAGUUUUAUCCAGCUUGUUACAGAAUCAUAUGGUGAAUGGCGGCGAUAAGAGAGUUAACGGCGCUCUACUGCUUUGGUUCCUCUACCUUGACCCCAUGCUUGAAUCUGGCCUACAAAACUUAGACUUGAACUCUGAUAAUAUUUGGAACCAGCUGCAGUCUCUGCUGGUCAGAUUAGCUCAGAGAUAUACUCCCGGUGCACCUAGUCCUGCUGCUGCUGUCCCGGAGAAACAGGCAAACCAAGCGUCCAAAUUCUCUCCCCUGCUGGAAUUCGGGAAGCUGGCAAUGUUAUCAGAAUCUUUACUCAAAUAUCCCUUAUCUUUGAUUGAUGGUGAGAAGACGUCCACUGCCUCCUCUACUGUCUCAUCCGUAGCAGAAUUUGAUAUUGUGAAUAGAGACGAGUUGGAGGGAGAAAACUCACCAAAUAAUAAUUCUCCUAAACAAGACAAUUGGUUCUGGAAAACCAAGUCAGAGUAA